GUGAAAACAGAAAGGAAAUUCUUUAGCUAGUAGAAACAGGUUGAUUGAUUCCAUUGAAAAUCUGUAGCACCUGUGGAAAUGAAGUUAGGAGGGUGAUCGAGUGCCGUGGGUAAACAGAGUUCAUUGCAGCAGGCGAACGUUCAGUAUACUGGCGGGAGCUCACCUGGCCAGGUGAACACGCUUCGUCUGCCUCACGGUUUAUCAAUAACAUGCUGAUAGUCGACACAGUCUGUGAAACGAGUUUCUUUAAGAAAAACCUCUCGCCUGUUGUACGUCCGGCGAGUCAUUACAAUCUUAAUCGACGAUAGAAAUGAUUUUCCAUAUAGAAAAGCGAAAUAAACUGUGAACUGAGUGAAGUGAUACCGCAGUGAAAGUUUAGCGAGGACAAUUUGACGCACAGUGUUCACCGAAACGUGGUCCUCGGUACAAAAGAAUCGGUUCGAAUAAGACAUUAGAGAGUGCAAGUAUUAAAAUACUUCAGUGCAAUUUAAAGACCUCAACGCGAAUCUGAAGGGCUGCUCACGGAGAAUCGACAGUAAUCAUGUCAAAUAAGCGGUAUCUAUCGUCAAUUCUAAGAUGACCUCACCGAAGCCGAUCAUUGCAUUUCCGUGGUUACUGCGGUCGUAUAAGAGACGCCGCUUCAAGCCCGAAUGGAUCGUGUUUGUGUUCACAUGCUUUUUGGCAAGCUGUUCGGCCAGGAACAAUCCGCCGCGUUUCCUGAUCGACGGCCAGACGGAAAUCAUUCUGAGGCUGAAAGAAGGUCCUGACACGCCAGUUGGCAGUUUAAUUUACAGGCUUCGCGGCUUCGAUCCUGACGGUGACAGCCUGACGUUUGGCAUUAGAGAUCAACCUGGCAGCGACGUGAUUCGAGUCGAGAAUUUUACGCCGACCGAGGCCAAUAUUUAUCUGAACAAAGUGCUGGACAGAGAGACCAGAGAUGAAUACGCGUUGGUAUUAACGCUAUCCGAUGGGAGAUUAGGGGAAGGUAAUUUUAUCACGCAGAGUUUAUUGCUGCUAGUGGAGGAUGUUAAUGACAACGUGCCAAUUUUUCGACCGCACCCGACUUCCCUGACGGUACGGGAGGAUUCCGGGCCGGGAGUUUUAACGACUGUGGAAGCCACCGAUGCGGAUUUAGGAGCUCAUGGACAGGUCGUUUACUACCUGCAAGAGCUCGACGGUGAUAAUGACGUGUUUAGUAUUUCCACUGUCAAUGGGAAAGGUGUCAUCCGCCUGGUUGGCCGCCUUGAUUACGAAAGGAAGUAUCUGUACCAGUUAAGAGUCCUCGCGAUCGACCGAGCAAUAAACGAAAAGGUAAACACGGGAACAACCGCGAUACUCGUUAAGGUUCAGGACGUCGAGGAUCAGCCUCCGGAAUUCAUAACCAUGACGCCGGUUGCCAGGAUCAGUGAAAACGCCAGGAUAGGCACGUCCGUUCUUCAAGUUCGCGCGGUGGAUGGUGACAAAGGAAUAAACAAUAAAGUAACGUACAGCAUCACUGAGGGUCCAAGACUGUUCGACAUAGACGCGACUUCCGGUUUAGUGUUCACCCGGGCGCAACUGGACCGGGAAGCCGAGGAGAACGCCGACGGCACGUUCAUCUUGGAGAUCACCGUGAAGGAAGUGUCGAAUAUAGUACCGGCGCCGUCGGUUUCCACCGAGGUCACGAUAAUUCUGAUGGACGUGAACGACGAGACGCCGAAAUUUCGUAGCAGCAGAUAUCGCGCCGAGAUAAACGAGAACGCGCCGUACAAUACCCCGGUUAAUUUCCUAGGAGAUGCGAUACCGGAAGUCUACGAUCACGACUUGGGUACAAAUGGGACGUUUAGAAUGUUCAUCGAAGGCGACGAUGGAAUAUUCGAUUUGACACCGUCGAGAGGAAUCAACGAAGCACCAUUUCUGAUUCGCGUAAAAAAUGCAAGUAAACUGGAUUUUGAAACCAGAUCAGAAGUGAAUUUCACGUUGAUUGCGAAGGAAGUAGUAACUGUUGCGCCGAAGUUAAGCAGAGUCCCAGUGACCGUUUUCAUAAAAGACCAGAACGAUAAUUAUCCGGAGUUCACAGAGGACACGUACGAAGUAUCGAUUCCAGAGAACUGUGCCAUUGGUACCACAGUCGCAUGGGUUCAGGCACUGGACGAGGAUAGUGGUCAUUUUGGUACACGCGGCAUCAGAUAUACAAAUUUAGGCGGCAGUAUCGCACACGCAUUAUCAAUGGAUCCUUUGACGGGAGUGAUCACGGUUAAAGAACCGGGCCCGAGUUUCGACCGAGAAUUAGUGUCUCGACAUUAUUUAACCGUCGAAGCGAGAGACGAUCUUGGAAAAGGCAAUCGCAACACUGCCCAGUUAAUCGUAAACGUGAACGAUGUUAACGACAAUGCUCCCGUAUUUUUACAAAACAAAUACGAGGCAGUGCUUUUGGAGAACGAGGAUCACUUCGAAUCACCAUUAAUAGUCGAAACAUUUGACAUUGAUCUAAACGGUACUAAGAACAGUGAAGUGAUAUACGCAUUAGUAGCUGGAGAGUUUUCGCGGAAUUUUAGUAUCGAUUCGAAGCGAGGGAUAAUUAGACCUAUAUCAGCGUUGGAUUACGAAGCGUUGCCUAUCAGUCAAGGGCACAAGGAAACGUCCGUACGUCCAUUGAGAUUGACAGUACGGGCUAGGGAUAUGGGCACGCCGAGUUUAAGCACGGACGUGCCAUUAAUUAUUUACCUGAAGGACAUCAAUGAUAAUCCGCCCGCAUUCGAGAGAACCCUGUACAAAAGGAGCAUUCCCGAAGACCUUCCUGGUGGUACCAGUGUGGUACAGGUGAAAGCUUGGGAUAAGGACCUGUCGUCACCUAACAAUAAAUUGGUCUACCGCAUUCAAAGCGGCGCGGGUGAUAAAUUCGUGAUUAGCCCGGAAACGGGCGUGAUUAGAGUCGCGCCUGGUUCUAAUUUAGAUCCGGACUUGACCUCACCGAAAACUACAAGGUACAGCUUAAAUGUUAUCGCGAUCGACAGUGGAACAGAGGUCCAAAGAACAGCUGAAGUUCUUGUCAACAUCACUAUCGUCGACGUUAAUAACAAGCCACCUGUUUUCAUCGAUCCCGGAACAGUAACCAUCCGAGAAAACACCCAGGUUGGAGCGUACGUGCACCGUGUCGUGGCUAAUGAUCCAGACAUAGCGCCGAUACUGCGUUAUCGCAUCGAUCCGAAUUCCUCGGAGGCAAGGAACGAGGAGGGAACUUUAAUUAAGAUCCAGGAAUAUGAUUAUCUGUCCGCUUUAGAAUUGAACGCGCUCGAUGGCCUGUUACGAGUUGUUAAAUUGUUGGACAGGGAACGAGUCGAAAUGAUAAGAUUAGGUCUCGUUGUCGAGGAUCUAGCCGCCGUUAGAGGAAUACAAACUGCUUCCGCUACAUUGAACAUAAUAAUCGAGGAUGAGAACGAUAACAAUCCAAGAUUUCGGAGACCGUUCUACAGGCGAUCCGUGACGGAGAACAGUAAAAAUGGUGUUAACAUCGCGAAUAUCGUGGCUGACGAUGCCGAUAAGAAUCGCAGCAUUACGUAUUCGUUAGAAAGCCCUAAGGAGCUGACGGAUUUGGUUCAUCUUGAUUCGGAGACCGGCGAGAUGGUCGUGGCGAAUAAAAUCGAUAGGGAACAAUAUUCCUGGCUGAAUCUGACCGUCCGUGCCACUGACUCGGGAAUUCCGCCCAGAUCGAGUUUAUCAGAAGUAUAUGUUCAAGUUCUCGAUGAAAACGAUAACAAUCCAUACUUUGUAACUGACAUCAGCAAUUUAACAGUGCUAGAGAAUGCCAAAAUCGGUACAGAAAUUGCUACUAUUCAAGCCAAAGAUCCGGAUAGCGGAGACUAUGGGAAAAUUACGUAUUUAUUAGACAGAAUGUCGUCUCAGGGAAGGUUUGCUAUUCACCCAGAGACCGGUGCGUUGACAGUGGCGGAUUCAAUUGAUUGGGAAGUUAAACAGAGUUACGUUCUAGUUAUAGAAGCUUGGGAUAAUUAUCAGUUUGGAUACACAGCUGGCGAGUCGAGAAACGCGUUUAAACAAAUUCAGCUUACGGUAAACGAUGUCAAUGACAAUCCACCAAAGAUGGAAAUACCUUCUUCGUGUGUUACUAUAUCAGAAUUUCACGACGUCAGGGAUUUAAUUUUUACCAUCAAAAUGAAAGACGCAGAUGACCCAACGACACCAAAUGGUCGCGUAAAAGUUAGGAUAGUCUCUGGAAAUGAAUUAGGAUUAUUCAUUUUGGAACAGACUGAUCAUUGGACCGCAAACAUAAAAGCAGCGCAUUCGCUUCGUGGAAAAUUUGGCAAUUACUCCUUACACCUGGAAGCACGAGACCUAGCCAAUCCUCCUAAUAAAGACACUUCCGUUUUAAAUGUUUGUGUAACUGAUUAUAAUGACAACCCUCCGAUCUUCAUUAAUCCGCAGCAUAACACAACUAUUCGAGUACCAGAGAAUGUAACGAUUGGCACACCAAUUAUACAAAUUGAGGCCAAAGAUGCAGAUACUGGCCCAAACGGUGACGUUCAUUAUCGUUUGAAGCAAGACUUGGCUGGUCACUGGAGAACCUUUCAAAUCGACGAUACGACCGGAGUUAUUUCAUUAAAACUUCCUUUAGACAGAGAAACUCAAAAGUUGUAUGAGAUUAGAGUGGAGGCGUACGAUCUGGGAACUCCAACUCCACUCAGUUCGGACUUGGAUUUAAUAAUUUAUGUACGAAAUAUAAACGAUUACGAGCCACAAUUUUUAGUAGAUAUUUUUAACAUAAAUUUCACCGAAGAGCAAGUUCCUGGGUUUGAAACUAUAAAAUUGCCGGAGACUAUAGAUAGAGACGAAGUUGACGAUCUAGAUGAUCCGCCCACUCAAGUGUGUUAUUUUAUAAUCAGUGGUAACGAUGACGGAUUCUUCGCUCUCGAUGUGUUCAAACAUGAAUUGACCACUGCCAAGACGUUAGACAGAGAACAGGAAGAGCAACAUUUGUUGAUUGUAAAAGCUACGGAGGACUGCAAUACCGUCCCAGCGAAUGAAUCAUUCUUUGAUGAGACAAACGAUACCACGUUGAAAAUUAUUAUAGAUGUAAUUGAUAUAAACGAUAAUCCACCAAAGUUUGUCAGUAAAAUUUUCACUGGCGGAGUUACCACAGAGGCUGAUUUUGGUACACAAUUUAUGAAAGUCAAGGCCAUUGACCUGGACGCAGGUGAAAACGCCAUAGUCAGUUAUUAUCAAGUCGGUAAAAUGCAUAUGACAUUGACAGAGGGUUUAGACGGUAUCGAGUCACAACCGUUUUUAGUUAAUAAACAGACUGGGGUUGUCAGCUUAAAUUUCGACCCUCAAAGAGGGAUGAAAGGAUACUUCGAUUUUAUGGUAUUGGCCAACGACACUCAAGGUUUACAAGACACUGCAAGAGUAUUUAUAUAUUUAUUAAGAGAAGAUCAGAGAGUUCGCUUCGUCUUGCGACAGCAUCCACCGGAAGUUCGAAAUAGGAUAGAAACUUUUAGAGAAAUGCCCUUUGUAGGAGAAUGGUGCAAGGUAUGGAUUUAUUUCGGGUUCGUUUUCGCGUGGGCAAGAGGGGCACGUCCACGCUUUGAUACUUCCACGGACAUGGGACUGGUCCUUGUUCCAGCUGAUGCUGAAGUAGAUUCAGUCAUCUUCCGUCUCCGCGCGACUGACCAAGACGCGGAUUUUCCACUUGUUUUUGAAAUCACUGCUACCAUUACACCUGUUGUGAGGAUCGACAAUCUGCCGUGCACUUUGUACAACAAGGUCUGUCAAGCUAAUGUAAUUCUAACGAAACGAUUAAUACCCGGACGCCUUCACGAUUUCGCCGUGAGGGUCAGAGACACGAAGGGUGAUUCGAACUCGAUGCAGGCCACCAUUUCUGUAACGAACGCCACCACUCCGCGUGAUAAAAUAUUCCCGCACAUACCUUCCCUCAUAAUGGUGCCCGAGGAUACGAAACCAGGCAAGGAAUUAGAUUAUCUUCUCGUACGGGCAAAUUCCUGGAGUGGGAAACCUGUUUAUAUUGAACUUUGGCAACCGAAGGAACUUUUUACUAUUAGACAAAGACAGACGCCUACGCAGACGCGAGGGAUGAUUAUACUAACCGGUGAACUAGAUUUCGAAACACAGUCUAUGUACACUCUCACUAUGUAUGCCACGGACCCGUACUCAGAGCAAGGGAAAGAUACUAGGAACAUAGCAGGUUUAAGCCUGGUUGUGGUUGUUCAAGAUGUUCAGGACGUCCCUCCAAUUUUUACACUGGCACCUCCUCUUACUAGGAUUAAUAACUCAGUACAUCCGGGUGAUGUAGUUCUGCGGGUGCACGCGGAAGACGGAGAUAAAGGGGUGCCACGUGAAAUCGUGUACGGUCUCGUGUCUGAGGGCAAUCCCUUCACGCCGUUCUUCAACAUCUCGGAAACAAGUGGUGAAAUCACUCUUGCUAGACCGUUAGAGGAGCUCACGCAAAUUACUCACGUUGGAGCUCCCGUCGUACUUACUGUGGUUGCCGAAGAAAUUAGAAGAAGUAGAGACGAGCCUCCUGCUCAAGCAACAGUCGUCGACGUUGGAUUCCUUCUCGGAGAACCCGGGAUCAGUCCACCGUACUUCGAGAGCGAUAAUUACGUCGCAACGAUAGAUGAAAAUCCUGAACCAGGAACUGUGAUCAACUUUGGCGAGCAAUACACGACCAGAGUGAGGGACGAAGAUAUCGGGAAAGCGGGAGUAUUCGCAUUGAAACUGGAAAACAACAACAAUACUUUCGAGAUAAAUCCGACGGUCGCGGAACGGACAGCAGACUUUGUCAUAACAGUUCGAGACAACGCGCUUAUCGAUUACGAGUUACAUAAAGAUUUGUCCUUCAAGAUUGUAGCUCAAGAAGUUGGGCCAGCAACGAAUUUGUCAACCUGGGUGCCAGUUACGAUUUUUUUAAGGGAUGUUAACGACAAUCCGCCGGUGUUCGAAGAAGAAUCGUACGAAGUUACACUGUCUGAGAACGUCACUGCAGGUUCUCGCGUGGUUCAGGUCCAUGCGACGGAUAAGGAUACAGGAAUUUAUGGCAGUGUUCGGUACACUAGCAUAACAGGUGAAGGGAGCGAAGCAUUCACUAUGGAUCCUGACACAGGAUUAAUAACCGUUGCCAUGGGUUCCUCGCUGGACCGUGAAAUUGCAGCAAGACUCGUUUUAUCCGUCGAAGCCCGAGACGAAAACGGCAACGGUAACAGAGGCGUCGUUCCUUUAAUAGUCAAUCUGCUUGACGUCAACGAUAACGCGCCUGUAUUCGAGAAGGAAGUGUACGAAUUUAUGUUGAACUCUGACCUGACUAAUUUCACAUCACCGGCUUUCAUAAAGGCUGUUGAUAACGACGCAGAGGCACCUAAUAACGUAGUUAGGUACGAGUUAAUUCAUGGCAAUUAUGAAAACAAAUUCUAUCUGAACGAAACAAGUGGCGAACUAAUUCUACGUUCGCCAAUUACGAAGAUUAGACGAAAGAAGCAGAGCGCAUUCGAGAAGUCGAAGAAAUCUGGAGUAGAAUUUAUUAAAGAUCACGGGAGUAUAUCAAAAUCCAUUCCUCAUGCAAAUAAAACUGAAUCGUCAACGAGUGCCCACACUAAGACUAAUUUCGAGAAUUCCACUGAAGAUAUUAUGAUUGAACCGAUAAAGAAAAGAAGAAGACGGGCUAACGAUGAUGCGUUAUACACUCUCACUGCCAGAGCAUACGACUUAGGUGUGCCUCAUCUCUCGAGUGUCACGAAGAUCAUGAUCAUCACUGGAAUCGCGAUGGAGGCUCGCAUAAUGAUGUUCGUAGUGCAAGGAGAGCAACCAGAUUCGUCGAAGACUGCUGCAGCUUUGGCUGCCAUAACUGGCGGCCGAGUUACAGUAUUAGAAACUAGACCGUACGUCCAACAGAAUUACACCGGAAGUCCUGGUUCUCUACCCCCAGGAGGGAAAAAGAGCAUUAUUGUAGCUCGUGUCGAGCAAAUAGAGGCAGGCGCGCCUUUGGUAGACGUAGAGAAAAUACGUGAAACGUUAGCCGCUAAUGGGGUAGGAAUCAUCGCCGGGACGGAGACGAUCAUGAAUGCGACGCACGUUGAUAAUACGAAACCACCGGUUGAUGGGACUACCCGUCACGCGAACGACGGUCAGGCAACUGUUAUUAACAAUACCAUUACCACUGUUCAAAACGAGGAAGUAACGGUGUACAAAGCAGAAAAUAAAUUACUAUUUUGGCUACUGAUCAUUUUGGGUUUACUCAUGCUUAUGGCAAUUGCCGCAUUAAUUAUCUGCUGCAUAUGUCCCGGCUGUCCGUUUUACAUGGCUCCAAGGAAAAGACGAGUGCAUUCAUCGGAGACGUUAGUCGUACGAGCUGAUGGAAGGCCGAAACGACAUCUCCAUCGGCAACCCGCAGUAGCUGCUGAAGUGUCGUGGAAUGGAAGGAAGCAAGCGUGGAGCGCCGAUCCGAGGCACUGGCAGUUUAAUAAGAGGAACGUGAAGAACUGUUCUCUUCCUGGUGACGUCGCACAUAUCUCCGGUCAACCGAACGAAGUUCAAAUGAACAUUGAAACCCAGAGGCUCAGAGACGACCCUGCUUACGACCGAAGGAGCAGAGUGAACGAGCAGGAGAGAAUAUACAUGGAGGAUAUGGAGAAUCGUAAGGCGAGAGCUUAUGGAACGGCAGAACUGGAUUCGUUGCAGAGACAUGAGAUGGAAAGGGGAUCGGAUUUACAACACCAAGGUUACAGACAAAGAUUCAUGGAACAUGACAUGAACGGAGAAACAGUGAGAGAACAGCACUUUUACCGCGAAGGGAACGCUGAAGUGCUGAGACUGGUGACUCGAGGCCAAGUAGAGGACACGAGCCACCCUCACCAUCACCACCGGCCAACGCUUAUAGUAGACGGCAAGGACAUAAUUCUGCAAAGAUUUAUAGAGGACCAAAACUCGAGACACGAGUUAUCGAUGCAGGACAUCGAAGCAGCUCGUAGCAUGGAGUCGCAUCAGCGGCCGAAGGAGGUUUGCCAACAGCAGCCGCCGGAGAUCAUUUUAAUCCCUGACAGACUGGACUUAGGUCACAGGCAACAUAUCGAGGAGAUAGGACCGAACGUUCAGAGGCUGGUAAUCGAUCACGGUGAUUACGGAUCGCAGAAGAUGGACAGAGAAUCAUUGAGGCAGGAGAAGCAGGAAGCAGCUACGAUAGUCACUGAGAAACCUCCGAUCGCCACUAAAGAGAGCGGGACACAGUAUCUUCACGAUUUGGAAUUGGCGAGACAGAACGCGUUGUUGACUCGAUUAUUGCUGGAAAGGGAGAGCCGUCGCGCGGGUGCUGGCGCGGCGAUGGACUCCGCGAGUUAUCUGGAGACUCAGAGCCUUCCUGGGCAAGUGGCCAUCGCUACUCAGACUGACAAGACUGCGGCUACGCAAACAGACCGACACAUCAAGAGCAGGAGCGAUAACGACGAAUCGGACGAGGAGUCCAGAUACAGGAGGAAACUGAAAUCCAGGAAAAAAUACGCGGACGGUGACUGGAGGAAAUCUCGCACGCUCUGGAUGAAAUCACCGAUCGAGGAAGAAGGUAGUCCUUGUUUCGACAAGCGAUUGAACAUUCUGAGGAAAAAAGUGAGGGAGGUAAAAGAGGGGAGGAUCCCCUUGGAGCCUGAAGUGCUCAGGGAAAUCUCGGACUCUUUGGACGGGAAUGGGAGUUCUUGCAAGGGAGACGAAGAGGAAACCAUGCGGAGGUAUCGGAAAUCGACUGAACAAACGAGUAUCAGCUACAAGGUAUUGAAUGAGAAGGAGAGCGGCUCGCAGUCUUCCGAGGAAGCGCGGAAGGAGAAACGGCAGAAAAGUUGCGGCGACGUGAUGGACGAUCAGAAACUGAACGCGACCGAGUCCACUACUUCGCCGGAAAUGAAAGUUCAACGCGAGAAACACGAGAAGGCGGUGAAGACUCCAAGAAAGGAGACGAAGUCGAAGACACAACAGAAGUCGGAUGGAAUGAUAAAACCGAGUUUCCGAAUACUGGAAAAGGAGUUUACGAUGCUCACGAAGAAACUGAGCAAAUUGGGCGAGAAGAAAUUUCAAGAAAGCACAGGCAGUGACAGUACCAGUCAAGAGAAAUCGGAUUCGUAUUCGAAGGAGGUGAAACGGGACUCGGAUCAGAAAAGUUCGAGGAAGCCGGACGCUGCGAGUUGUCAGAAACUAGCUUCCGAUAUCACCGCGGCGAAAGUUGAUAAGAAAGAGAAAUUGAAAAAAGAGUCGGCUAUAGCUAAAACAAAGCAGAAACUGAAGUAUCAACAGUCUCAGGUCAUGAGCACGGGAAGUUCGGAGUACGACGACGCUUUUGAUAAACCAAAGAAGUUAAGUGGGCCCCGCCAAGAAACUAUGAGACCAAAGCAAUUAACGAGUACCCAAGGACACGCGAAAGUAAGACGUUUGAUAGAUCGGCGAGAACUUAAAAAACAAGUGGCCGAAUGUCGAGACGAGAGCAGUGAAAAGAAGAAGGAAACGUCGAAGGGCGAUCCGAAGUAUGAAAAGGGGAAAAUGACGACACGUGCUCCGAAAUUGGCUGCCAUAUCCCGUAAACAACAUGUGGACGAGACGAGUACCAGUACAGAAGAAAAAAAAGACGAGAGAAACAUAACUACUAGAGCGGAUUUCGGCAAGAAGAGUAGCACAGACUUCUCGGACACGAAUGGUACGUACGGGCGCAAGGGGAAGACCUUGAUAAAGAAAGUGAUUCAGAGGUUUAGCGAUGAUUUUGUUGAGGAACCGCAGAAAGAGACUGCAGACCAGAAGGUGAAGUCUACUAUGGGAGAAGAUCAAACGGCAAAAGUUGUGACAGAACAAUUCAUUGCUAGUGAGAAAGCUGAAGCAAUGCAAUUGUCAGAAAAUGGAUUCGAAAAAAUUAAGGACUCUGUUGAGAAACCUACAAGGCCUGAGGAACAUGUAAGUGCAGAGGAAACGAUGGGAGGAAGUACGGUCCGUGAAGGUAUGCAACAAUUAAUUAAAGAUCAGAUGAUUGUAGGUUUAGUUUCGACUAUGGAAAAAGAAUUAAUUGACAAAGACUCGGAACGUGAUUUAAAAACUGACACAAUUACAUCAACCAAAAUGGAAUCUAAAAAAAUGCAGAAGGAAGGAAAACCAAUUGAUGUCAAAGAUGCAGAUCCUGAUGAUGAAGUUAAAACGAAAGCAGAAAAAUAUAAAAUAGCAGACGAAACAGAUAAAUCAGAAAUUGAUGACUUUAAGAAGCAAAUUGAAAUUGAGAAGCAAAUUAAAUCUGACCAUGCAGAGAAAGUAGAAAAGCAAAAGCUAGGGAUUGAAGAAUUAGAUGGUAAAAUGGCAAAAAAAUUGAAAAGUGAAGAUAUUGAUACAGGCAAGGAAAUUCAAGGUAUUGAAGACGAAGAUAAAAUUAAAUUCGAAACAGGCGAAUUAGAAUUGCAAGCAUCAGUGGAACAACGAAGUAAUGGAAAAGUCGAUUUGGUAAAAACAGUUAAAGAAUCCACUGAAAAAGACACAGAAAGUGAAACAUCAAGUGAUAAAGAUAAAUUAAAACAAGUUAUAACGAGAAAAUUGAGUGAUAAAAAAGAAGAUGGAAGUUUUGGAAUUGAUGAAACAGAGAGAAAAGAUAUUGUCGAAAAAGAAAAGGAAGACAUAAAACACGUGACUGAUGAACAGGAAAAAACGAUUAUUGACCAAAGUGCGAUUGAAGAAGUUACGUCAAAAAUUAAGGAUGAAUCUCAAGUUGAAGAUAAUAUUUUUUUGGACGAAGACAAGAAAUUUGAUAAGCUGCAAGAUAUUUCAAAAAUUGAACAAAUUAGUGAUAAAGCAGAGGCUAUUAUAAAAGACACAACUGAAGAUCAUAAAAUUACUAUACAAGAGGCUGAGGAUCGAGAAUUUAAGGAAGAAGCUAAAGAUUAUAAAGACGACAAAAUGGCUAAAGAUUAUGAAGCUCUGAAAGAGGCAACAGAGGAAUUUGGAAUUAUUGAUAAAUUAGCUAAACGCACCGAAGCUAUUCAUUUUACUCCGGACAAAACAGUAUCUGAUAAGCAAAAAGAUAUUUCAGUGGCUGUUGACAAGAGUGAUACAGAAACUAUUUUUUUAGAUAAAGAAAAAAGCAUUGAUGAAGGCGUAACGAUUACUGAAAUUAAAAGUGAUGAACACGAAACAGAACGAACAAAUGCUAUAUCCGACGAUCAAAAAUCUGAUGGGGAUAAAAAAAGUAUUCCUGCUGACAGAGAAGAAGCUCUAUCUGGAGAAGAUUACAAAAUGAGUAUAGAAAAAACUAUUUUCACUGAUAGUGAAGGAAUUUUACGUUCUGGUACAGAUGAUUCUGAAGUUAAAGAAAAAGAGGAACAAAAAAAAGAUACAGAUCUGAAAAUAAUUAAAGAAAAACAAGAAGCUGAUCGUAAAAUAAGUGAAGAAGUUGCAAAAAUACCAAAAACUGAUGAAAUUAAAAUUAUUCCAGGAACCUCAGGAAUUGGAAAACAAUUAAAAAUUCAAGAAGAUAUUCCUAUAAAAAUAAGUCGUACUGAUAAGGAUGAAGAAAUUGAAAAAGAUUCAUCAAAGAUAUUGAUUACUCAAAAAGAAGGUAGCAAUGGAACUGAUGUUACAAAAAUUCCCACUUCUACUGCUGAUGAUAUGGAAAAGAAAAUCCACCCAUUAACAGUUGAUGACCACAUUAUCGAAAAAGAUACUACUUCUCCAGAUAAAGAUCCGAGCGAUUCCUUAGAAGAAAAAUUAGUAAAUGGUAAAGAAUCGAUUCAAGUAAGUACCGAAACAGAAAUUGAUAUUAAACACCCACCUACAGGCGAUAAAAUUCUAGAAAAGGAUUUGACUCAGUUACCCUCUGGCGAGAAAGAUAAGAGUGGAGCAGAAAUUUCUAUAACUGAUACUGUUGAAUCUCUGACUUCACGAGAGUAUCAAAAAUCAUCACAAGUUGUAGAACAGCAGACAGAUGAUAAAAUAAUGAAAGACGAUAUCAGAAAAGACACAAUUCCUACCGAUGAUAAACUCGUAACAGACCUUGACGCGGCUGAGAAAAUCGAUAUUCCUACAGAAUUAAAGAGGGAGGAAUCAGGGGAAGGUAAAGAAACCGAUGGAUUGUUAAAAGAUGAAAUAAGUCAUUUAACAUUGGAAGAAUCUACAGACAAAAAGGAAAUUGACAAACCAUUGAAAGAUCCAACGACGUCGUUACCAGAGGCGACAGAGGAAAAAACGAAGACAACGGCGGAAAAAUUGUUGGAGGAGACACUCGAAGCGAGCACGGAAUUCAGGGAUGUUCCGGAUAAUGAAACGACAGACGAGAAACUGGCACAAACUACUGAGAAGGAGGAGCCGGAUAAAGCGAGCGGCAGUUUUAAGGGAAACGGAUCGCUUGAAACAUGUUCGCAGACGUCUGGCGGGACAGAGAAGGAGAAGUUUGCGUUCGAUUUUAUUACUCGAAUGGGUUCCACGGAAAUAUCCGAAUUAGAAAAGCGGUCGAAGUCAGCCAGCGAGAGAACUGAAUCGCAGGGAGCGGAGCAAUUCGUAGACGGAGAAACUUUCUCUGUGAAAGGGGAUCAAAUUAAACCAGUCCUGAAAGAACAAUGUGGGAAGGAUGUGGAACCGAUGACUGUUAGAGACGAAAUGGCGGGGCAGGUACAGAUAACCGAGAAGAAAAUUGACAGAACUGUAUCUCCAGCGGAAGUCGAAAGGGAGGAACCUGUAGAAGAAUACGCAGACGUAAGCCUCCCACAUUUUACAAGUAUAAUAGAUACAAUGGAUGAUUCUGAGGAUAGCGAUUCAUCGAGUGAUGUUUCCAGGAAGACAACGUUGACAACCAGACCGUAUCACACACCUCGCCAUAGGGUUCGACAAUUUUCUGACAGAGAAGGCAAUGAAGCGGUAGAGAUAAUUGAAACUCAGAGCGCGGAAGAAGAAGAUACGAGGUUAACAAUGAAGUUGGCAGAAGAUGAAACCACGGAAACGACAGAGGGAGAAAUAAUUGGCAAAGAUCACGAUACAAGUGUCGAGUCGUCAAUGGAAACAAUUGAAUCAGUUAAAGAUAAAGAUGAAUUCAGUGAAGAGGAUAGAGCUUUUAUGCAAAUACAAUCACCCUUUCGUGAUGGAAAAAUAAUACCAGCUUGUACAGAUGGUACACAACAGAUUAAACGAGAAAAGUUGAAACAUGAUCCAAUUGAUAAAAAAUCCUCAGUUUCAGAAACUGACAAGGAAACUUCAAGACGCGCUAAAGAUCUGAAAGAUACAAAGACGAGCGAUACUCAAGGGACACCCUCAAUAUCUAAACCCCCUAAAGCUGGAACCUCAAAAGUGUUUGGGAGGAAAACGAAAGAAGUACAGAAAAAGAGAAUAUUUUCCCAGAGAACGAAGAAAGGUUCUUCUGAGGAAUCUUCAGAAGAGAAAGCUCAUCAUCAGGAGCCAACUACGAGCCAAUUUAGGUAUCGAGCGCGCAAGAAACCCUCGCAGGACCAAUCGACGCAAAAAGAUAAGGACUUAACGAAGCAAUCGAGGAAAGUGGAAGACGAAUCGCAGCGGAGGCAAAUAUCGAGGCUGAGGGUUGACAAAGAUAAAAAGUCAUCUAGCAGUGGCGAGAAGCAUCCGACACCACCAAAAACAGGGGAGAUCGAUACGAGCAGAGCGCAGCCAAAGUACAUGGCAUGGUACAAGAAGAAUCGAGAAGAGAUGGAGAGAAAGAGGGCGGAAUUGAUGGCGACGGAUGACGAGGAGCAGCUGCCGCGAUGGCUUCGACGAAGUAUGAGAAGCCAAAGGGAGGCGGAGGACAAGAAGUCGACGACCGAUAAGACUGACACGACUCCGCGAACGAGACGUAAAGUGAAACCCUUAGUGAACGUCGAGUCCGAACAGUUGAAGGCUAUAGUUCGACAAGGCAGAAAAUUGAGGAGGGCCGAGGGAGGCAAGAACGAAGACCCGCCAGUUCAAAUAUUCGCGACGACGCCGCCCGCCUUGCCGCAGACAGAUUCGAAACAUCAUUUGGUGCAGCAUUCCGAGUACAAAUACGAGAAGACACCGGUACCAUUUUAUCUUCACCCACCGCCGGCACCGCACCCCUCGCCGCAAUUGUCCCCGCAACAUUUCGAGAUCCCUCAGACGAUGGAACGCGGUCGUACCGAUGAGGAUUUCGAUUCCGGAAUCGCGGUUUCGUUACAAGGUGGCAACAGGUUACGGCACCAACAGCUGCUAGAGAAGAAAAGCGUGUUCGAUAUCGCGUACAGCGAGGCCGCGCCCUCGCAAUUGCGAUCUGAUAGCACCACGCCUCCGUCCUAAACAGAAACGACGGACUUUCCGAUUUCUAAAAUCCGUCCUUAACAGAUAGACUACGAAAGUAUGUAUCGAAUUAAAAUAUACAGUGGCUAUAAAAAGUAUUCACAUAUGUUAUAUGUAUUCUCUAUUGGAAAACCUUCUCAUGUUACGAAAGAUUGUUCUUAAAAACUAUUAGAAUUAAAUGUACUCAUUAUUACUAAUACAUAUUUGUUAUAUUAGUGGAACUAUUUUUUACAGCCACUGUGAAUUAAAUAAAAACUUGCGAGAGAUCGUGUAACUAUUCAAUCAGAUCAUCGUGAGCAAUUCCAGUUUUAAAUUUCGUCAAAUAUAGAAAUAACAUAUCUCUGUUGUUAUGGAAUGUAUUAUUACUAAUAUGAGACGAAUACUGUUAAACAUUUCUCAACUUAUACGUUUUAGGCGUCAAUUAUAUUUGUGAAUAAUUAAUUAAUAAGUAAAAAUACUUACACAUACAGAAACUGAUGAGUAAUGUACAGAUGCGCAGAGAAAUGAUUCAUUUUAUUGUCGAUUUAUCAUCUUCAUCAGAGAUCACAAACUGAAUCGAAAAGGACUAAAUUAUGCACAAUACACAGGGUUAACUUCAUCGUAAAGUAGAUUCUGAAAAUCAUUUAUAGGGAGGAUAGUACAUAUCACAUUUUAGAAUUUACACUUUGAUAGAAACGAACCUAAAACAGACAUAAAUGCGAAAAUGGAAAAUAAGGAAAUUUAUAACUGAAUUGAACGUGUUAAAUAAUUAUAGAUACAUGCGUAUACAUAAAAACAAGCAACAACAGAUCUAAUGCACAAAUUUCUUAUAACUCGUUUUUCAUUGAUGGAACAUAUUUGUUAACGUAUCGAGUACGACCUCCAAAGAAUAAAUGACCCAUCGAUCCGAUGACCAAUUUUAUAAGUAUUAUUACUGUUAUUC